AUGAACACAAACAGAUCCGUCGUUGCGAUGACUGAAUCGGUGCCGGAGUUUACUAUCAUUGAGAAGACAUACGAAUUGGACACCAAAGACACCGUACGGUUGCUGUGCAUCAGAGGGGGGCAGACAUUCAUGGUAUGGGUGGGCGAUGAGGGGGUUACGGGUGGCCCCCAAUUGGCCGACCUGUCACUCGCGGUGGGCGACCACUCGACUGCUGUGUUGUCGGCCACGAGUGGUGACCAAUUGAGUGCCGGUUUGGCUGCGAAACUGUCCAAAAAGUACAAUAAGAGUCGACCC